AUGAGAGUAUCGAAAGGAAGAGGUCAGAAAUCAUAUAAAGGUUAUAUAGCCGUUUUUAUUUGUAUGGCUACGAAAGCAAUCCAUUUAGAAGCUGUAAGUGACCUGUCAACAGACGCGUUUCUGGCUGCCCUUAGAAGAUUUUUCGGUAGAAGAGGCAAAAGUUCGCAUUUAUAUUCAGAUAAUGGUACAAAUUUUGUCGGUGCUGCUAAGAAAAUAGAUGAUGAAUAUGAAAAAGCUAUUAGAAAACUUUCAUCACUUGCUGGAACGAUGGCAGCGGAAAAAAUUACAUGGCAUUUUAUUCCCCCGGGAGGUCCUCACUUUGGAGGAAUCUGGGAGGCUGCAGUCAAGUCGAUGAAACAUCAUUUAAGACGAGUCAUUGGUGAAGUGAAAUUAACUUAUGAAGAAAUGUCGACACUGUUAAUUCAAGUGGAAGCAGUGUUAAAUUCUAGACCGUUAUGUGAAGUACGAGAUGAUACAGAGAAUACUGAUGUUUUAACUCCCUGCCAUUUCCUAGUUGGAAGACCUUUAAUUGAUAUUCCAGAGGAAA